AGAUAAAAUCAAGACGAAGCUGUCGAUUCGCGUAGCCAGAUGGCGCGUGUAGCACCAACGGACAAUCGAAAUGCGCGCCGUUAAGUACGAAAGUUGGAAGGGAGAGAAAAGGAGGGGAGUCUACCGGACAGGAAGAGAAGAGUUAAGUAGUGGGAAUGGCAAGUCGGUCGAGCGGGCGAAUACGAAAGCGACUCGGAGACAUUGGCGCAGACCUCCUUAGUUCGGGCACGGUCGAGCACGCUAACGGAUAGGAAAAUUGACGCAAGCACGCACGCAACACGCACGCACGCACGCACGCGUCGUUCACCGCUGCCACCGCUGGAUUCGUCCUCGUGCGUCUCCUAUUUCGAACGAGUUUAGUAGCGGUAUUCCGUAUUCUGUGCGCGAGUGCCGUGAUAAAUCUUUCGGAAGGACGUGAAGAUCGAGAGAAGCCGUACGAGGAUUUGUGAAUGCCUCCACCGGUUUUUGGGUUAUCGAGGAUUUCUUCUCCGUUUGGAAGCCAACGGACCGGAUUUUUCGGAUAAGAUCGAGGCACGAGGAGCGAAGGGGCGCAGUAUGAGCCCCGAUCUGGGCACGGCGCCGUACCCCAAGGAAGACCUAACAACUUCGAGUAUCUCCCCACGUAUCCACCGCCGAGAGUCGACAGAUACAGGGGUGGUCCGAUUAUACAGAAGAGAAUGACUCAGAGGGAGGACGUUCUCAAGUUCGAGCAGGGCCGUAUAAAGGCCCUGCAAGAGGAACGUCUGCAUAUUCAGAAGAAGACGUUUACAAAAUGGAUAAAUUCCUUCCUCUUGAAGGCUCGCAUGGAAGUGGACGAUCUGUUCACGGACCUUGCGGAUGGGAAAAAAUUACUUAAACUGCUGGAAAUAAUUUCGGGAGAAAGAUUGGCCAAGCCCAACAACGGUCGUAUGCGAGUACACAAGAUCGAGAACGUGAACAAGUCGUUGGCUUUUCUCCAUACAAAGGUUCGGUUGGAAAGUAUAGGAGCGGAAGACAUAGUCGAUGGAAAUCCUAGACUGAUCCUCGGAUUGAUCUGGACCAUCAUCCUGAGAUUUCAAAUACAAGAGAUCGAGAUCGACGUCGACGAGGAGAAUGACAGCAGCGAGAAGAAGUCGGCAAAGGACGCUUUGUUGCUCUGGUGCCAAAGGAAAACCAAUGGUUACCCUGGCGUUAACAUUCAAGAUUUUACGGGUUCGUGGAGAAGCGGUCUCGGUUUCAACGCUCUUAUCCACGCACACAGGCCGGACUUGGUCAAUUGGUCGGAACUGCAGCAAAACAAGAACAUCGACAACUUGAAUUAUGCUUUCGACGUGGCGUACUCGGAGCUCGGUAUUCCCAGGUUGUUGGAUGCCGAGGACGUCGAUACCGCUAGGCCGGACGAGAAGUCCAUCAUCACGUACGUCGCGUCGUACUAUCACACGUUCGCCAGGAUGAAGAACGAAAUUAAAAGCGGAAAGAGAAUCGCGAACAUCGUCGGUCAAAUGAUGGACGCCGACAAGAUGAAGAUCCACUACGAAAAAUUGACCACCGACCUGCUCGAAUGGAUCAAACUGAAAAUCCAAGACUUGGAGAAUCGAAAUUUUCCAAAUUCGUUGGAGGGCAUUCAGCGGGAGCUCUUGGCCUUCAAGCAAUACAGAACCGUGGAAAAGCCACCCAAGUACAAGGAACGAUCGGAGAUAGAGGCCUUGUAUUUCCACAUAAACACGCAGCUGAAAUCGUUGAACCAGCCGGCGUUCACGCCGCAAGAGGGCCAGCUCGUCCACGACAUAGAAAGGAAUUGGGUCGAAUUGGAAAGAGCGGAACAUCGGCGGGAAGUCGCCCUUAGAACGGAACUCUUGCGCCAGGAAAGAUUGGAACAGUUGAAUUACAAGUUCGAGAGGAAGAGCGUACUCAGGGAAGGCUAUCUAAAGGAAAUGAUUCAGGUCUUGACCGAUCCGAGAUACGGCAGUAAUCUAGCUCAGGUGGACGCCACGGUGAAGAAGCACGAGGCCAUAAGCGCGGACAUUCUGGCACGAGAGGAGAGAUUUCACGAUCUGACGAACAUGUCGGAGGAAUUGGUCAGAGAGAAUUAUCAUGGAUUAGAAAGGGUCAGAGUGAGGGAGCAGGAGGUAUUGCAGAGAUGGAAAGAGUUGUUGGCCCUGUUGGAUCAUCACAAAUCCAAUCUUGUAGCUCUUUCCUCUCUGAUGAGCUUGAUGAGGGAGAUCGACACGACCCUGGCCUCCAUUCAAGAGCUGCAGCUUAAUUUCCAAAGCACGGACGUCGGCCCGCACCUGUUGGGCGUGGAGGAUCUCUUGCAGAAGCACAGUUUGCAGGAAUUGCAGGUGACGGCGCUAGGGGAGAGCCAGAGACGUCUGGGCAGACAGGCCGGCCAACAUCUGGCUCAACCGCAGAGCAAGGAGGUACCUCUGCUGAAACAAAAAUUGGAUCUUCUAAAUCGUGCCUACGACGAACUCGUGGAGUACAGCAAAGAGCGCAAGGCCCGUCUCGAGGACGCCAGAAACUUUUUCCACUUUUUGCAAGAUCACGAGGACGAGGAAUCCUGGCUCAUCGAGAAACAACGCAUUUGCAAAGCCGGAAUAUCGGCGAAGGACUUGCGCGCCGUCAUUUCUUUGCAACAAAAGCACAAAGCGUUGCAGGACGAGAUGAAGGUACGCAGACCGAAGUCCGAACAAUUGUGCGAGGCUGGUAGAAGAUUGAUAGCCGACAAUCAUCCGUCCUCGUUAGAAAUUCAAAACCGUAUAGACUCGUUGCAGGAGCAUUGGAAGGUUUUGGAAGAGCUCGCUGCCUUGAGGAAAAAGCAAUUGGACGACGCGGCCGAGGCGUUUCAAUUUUAUGCCGACGCGAACGAGGCGGACUCGUGGAUGAACGAGAAAAUGGCUCUGGUUACCUCGGAAGAUUACGGCGUGGACGAGCCAAGCGCCCAAGCGCUCUUGCAAAGACACAAGGAUCUGGAAGGGGAAUUGAACGCCUACAGGGGCGACGUGCAAUCUCUGAACAUGCAAGCCGAGAAGCUGAUCAAGUCGGGAAUUUCCACGCUCGAAUUGUCGGCCGAUCCGGAACCCGUCGCGGAAUUGGAACAGGAGGAGUGGAGCAAGGAGAUACGAUUGGUACCUCAGGACGAAUGGGUCGACGAGAUCGUCGAACGAUUAGAACCGAGAACCGUUCACGAGGAGAAAUUGGUGCCGCAGGUGAAGAGCAUGUAUCCGUUCACCGGUCAAGGCAUGCACAUGGCCAAGGGCGAGGUCAUGUUCUUGUUGAAUAAGACCAAUUCGGAUUGGUGGAGCGUCAGGAAAGCGGAUGGCACCGACGGUUUCGUCCCCGCCAAUUACGUUCGCGAGAUCGAGCCGAAGGUCGUGUCCGUUCAAAUGAGGCGACCGGAGAAGGUAAGGGUCACGCAAAGGGUCAAGAGGACCAAGAUGGUGAAGCAGGUGGUGCCGGUGCGAAGGGUAAAGUCGAUCAAGUCGACGGUGAAACCGAUCAAGCGGAAGGCGGUCAACGACGGCGACAGCGUUGAAAAACGGCAGAAAAAGAUAAACGACACGUACGGGGAAUUGCAGGAAUUAGCGACGAAGCGUCACGCCUUGUUGGAGGACGCCAUUAGGUUGUACGGUUUUUACCGAGAGUGCGACGAUUUCGAAAAGUGGAUAAAGGACAAGGAGAAGAUGCUUCGGACCGACGAUCCGCGGGACAACGUCGAGACGGCCAAGCGAAAGUACGAAAAGUUCUUGACGGACCUGUCGGCCUCGGGAAAGCGCGUCGAGGCGAUAGACGCCGCGGUCGACGAGUUCGUCAGACAGGGGCACAGUCAGUUGGACAAGGUGAAGGCCAGGCAGAGGCAUAUUCAUCAGCUUUGGGACCAUUUGAACUGGUUGAAAACGCAAAAGGAGAAGAGCUUGGAAGGCGCCUCCAGCGUGGAACUGUUCAACAGGACGUGCGACGAGGCUCACGAUUGGAUGUUGGAAAAGAUAACGCAACUGGACACCGCGGAGCUCGGACCCGAUUUAAAGACGGUUCAAGCUUUGCAACGGAGACAUCAGCAUUUGGAGCGGGAGUUGGCGCCGGUAGAGGAGAAAGUGAGAAAGGUAAAUCUAUUAGCCAACAGCGUAAAGAGUUCUUAUCCCCACGAACUGAACAACGUGAACGCCCGACAAAACGAGAUCAAAGACUUGUGGAACAAAGUGCAGAGCAAAGCGAAGGAGCGUAGAUCUCGUUUGGAGGACGCCGUCGGCCAGCAGAUAUUCAUGAACGGUUCGAAGAAUUUGAUCAACUGGGCCGCGGACGUGCAGGAAACGAUGAAGGCCGAAGAAUCGGUCAGGGAUGUGGCUACCGCCGAGCUGUUGAGGAAGCAGCACAUGGAACUCGGGGAGGAUAUAAAGACGCGCGAGGACGAGUUCCGAGAAGUCGAGGAGCUUGGAAGUCAGCUUUUACAUCGCAACCCGGCCCUGACGGACGUUCGCGAGAGAUUGGAGAAGCUGCAUGGAUUGUACCGAUCGGUAACGUCCGAUUGGAUGGCGAAGGAGGAGUGGCUGCAGCAAUGUUUGGAAUUGCAACAGUUCAACAGGGAGGCCGAUCAAAUCGAAGCCACGACGAGCUCCCACGAAGCCUUCUUGGAGUUUACCGAGCUGGGCGAAUCUUUGGACGACGUCGAGGCUUUGCUGAAGCAACACGAAAAGUUCGAGAAUACUCUUCACGCUCAGGACGACAGGUUGAAAGCGUUCAGCGACACGGCCGACAAGCUGAUCGCGCAAGAUCACUACGACAAAGACUACAUCGACGAAAGGAGAAAUCAAGUUUUGGCUCGGCGAACGGCCGUCAAGGAUGCAGCGCAACGGAGAAGAGCGGCUUUAAAGGCAUCGGAACACUAUCAACAAUUUUCGGCGGAGGUCGACGAUUUGCGCGACUGGUUGAGCGAUAAAAUGAAGACCGCGUCCGACGAGAGUUAUCGCGAUUUGAACAACUUGGAACGCAAACUGCAGAAACACGAGGCGUUCGAAAGGGAAUUGAGGGCCAACGAGGGCCAAUUGAGAGCGGUCAACAAGGCAGGGAAAGCCCUUAUAUCCGAGGAAAAUUAUAGGUCGGACGACGUAGGGGAAACGUUGAAAGAUCUGAACGAUCAGUGGGAUCGAUUGGUCGCACUUUCCUUGGAGAAAGGCCGUAGGCUGAGGCAAGCGGCCUCCCAACACGGUUACAAUCGUACGAUGGAGGAUGCCAGGCUGAAAUUGGAGGAAAUCGAGAAUUGUUUGGAGAGCAAACAGGUGGGAACGGAUCUUAGAAGUUGCAAGGAAUUAUUGAAGAAGCAUCAGACCCUCGAAAGCGACAUGUGUCAGUGGGAGCAAAAGGUGGACGACCUUGUCGCCAUGGGUCAGGAAAUGGCGCACGAAGGUCAUUUCGAUGCUGCGAAUAUAUUGAAAUCCAGCCAGGCUACUCAGAGAAAAUUCCGCAGUUUGAAGGAACCUGCCAAAAGACGACGCGAGGCGUUGGAAGAGAGCUUACGUUUCCACAAGUUUGGAUUCGAAUUAGACGCCGAAUUGCAAUGGAUAAAGGAUCACUUGCCGCAAGCCUCCUCGACGACGCUCGGACAAAACUUGCAUCAAGCUCAGACUUUACACAAAAAGCACAAAAAGUUGGAGGCCGAGAUCGCGGGCCAUCGACCGAUGAUAGACAAAACUUUGGCCUCGGGACAAGCGCUUAUCGAGCAGGCUCAUCCCGAGAGGAAGAAGAUACGGGAGCUGUGCGACUCGUUGGACGACGCUUGGAAAGAUUUGCAAGAUAAGGCGGGAGAAAGAAGCAAGGCGUUGGACUUGUCAUUGAAGGCCCAAGAAUUCUACUUCGAAGCCGGAGAAGUAGAAAGUUGGCUAAACGAAAAGAACGAUGUGCUCAGCUCGACCGAUUAUGGAAGAGAUCGUGACGCAGCCACGAAAUUGUUAACGAAACACAAGGCAGUAGAACUUGAAUUAGACACUUACAACGGUAUCGUAUCGGAAAUGGGACAUACGGCAGCCGCGAUGAUCAAUGCCAAACAUCCCGACAGUAAGGCUAUAGCCAAUAAGCAACAAGCGAUCGCUCAGCAGAUGAGGGCGUUGCAAAAAUUGGCUACGGUGAGACAGCAACGUCUCAUGGAGAGCAUGUACCGGCACGAAUACUUCUUGGAAAGUAGAGAAUUGGAACAGUGGAUCAAAGAGCAAGAGCAAGCUGCUGCUUCCGAGGAUUACGGACAGGAUUACGAACACUUGUUGGCGUUGCAAGCUAAAUUUAAUGACUUCAAGCACAGAAUAGAAGCCGGCUCGGAGAGAUUUAAUCAGUGCGAGGAGUUGGCUAGGAAGUUAAUCGCGAACGAGAGUCCCUACAUUCAAGACAUCGAAAAACGGCAGGAACAGUUGGGACAAGACGAAGAUGACCCUGUCCUUCAGGUACAUAAGCAACAUACGAUCAUUGGAGAAUCCUGGCAACAUCUUCUCGAUCUCAUUCGCAAUCGAGAGCAACGCUUGCAAGCUGCUGGAGAAAUUCAUAGAUUCCAUCGAGACGUGGCCGAGGCAUUGUCUCGGAUCCAAGAGAAAGAGGCAGCUUUGCCGGAAGAUUUAGGCCGCGAUUUAAACUCCGUACUGGCGUUGAUCAGACGACACGAAGGAUUUGAAAAUGAUCUUGUAGCUUUGGAAGCGCAGCUGCAAGUUCUGGUAGAGGACGCGUCGAGGUUGCAAGUUCAUUAUCCGGGUAACAAUGCCAUGCAUAUAGAUCAACAACAGCAAAUCGUUGUCGCGCAUUGGGAAGAUUUGAAAGAGAGAUCUGCUCACAGAAGGGAUCAGUUACAAGCCAGUUGCGAUCUGCAGAGAUUUUUGACUCAAGUAAGGGAUUUGAUGAAUUGGGCCGCCGGUCUUCGUGCUGCCAUGUCCACCGAGGAUAAAGUUCGAGACGCUGCGAGCGCGCAAAUGUUAAAGGCGGAACACGAAGCUUUGAAAGGCGAGAUAGAAGCGAGAGAAGAUAGUUUCAGUUCGGUCCUCGAUUUAGGCGAAGCUAUGGUGCAAACCGGUCAUUAUGCGGCUACGGAAGUGGAGGAAAAAUGUAAUCAACUUUUGGACGAAAGACAGAAACUUCACACAGCUUGGCAACAGAAGAAAGUCCACUUGGAUCAGUUGAUAGACCUACACUUUUUCCUGCGAGACGCUAAGCAAUUAGAUAAUCUUUCCAGUACCCAAGAAGCCGGCCUCAGCGGCGACAACUUUGGCGUGUCGGUCGAAGAAGUCGACGCGCAAAUGAAGAAGCACAACGAGUUUGAAAAGUUACUCGUCACCCAAGAAGAAAAAUUGAUUGCCCUGCAAGAACACGGAGACAAGCUCUUGGCACAAAAUCACUUUGAUUCGCCCACGAUUGCCAAACGAUUGAACGAGGUAGUGCAAAGGCGAAUCAAAAUUCGCAACUUGUGCGACGCGCGUAGAAAAAAAUUGGAGGCCGGUUUACUUCACGCUCAAUUCGUCAGAGACGUUGGGGAGGCAGAAUCUUGGAUCGGCGAGAAACAAAAGAAAUUGGAGGCCGAAACGUCGAAAGGCGAGGUAUCCAGUUUGGAGGAUAAAAUCAAAAAAUUACAGAAACACCAGGCCUUCCAAGCGGAGCUAGCAGCCAAUCAAAGUAGAAUCGAGGAAAUAAAAGCUAAAGGGGAAACUCUGUUGGGACAAAAGCAUCCUGCGAGUAGUGAGAUUCACGAACAAUUGGAACAGUUGUAUUCCUCUUGGCGAAGAUUACUCGUAGAGUCCGGAAAUCGUGGAAGAGGUCUCGAGGAGGCGCAAGACAUAUUGGAAUUUAACAAUCAAGUUGAGAAGAUCGAAGCUUGGAUAAGGGAUAAAGAAAUGAUGGUUCAGGCAGGUGAUACAGGUAAAGAUUACGAGCACUGCUUGAGUCUUCAACGAAAAUUGGACGAUGUCGACAGCGACAUGAGAGUGGAUGACUCGCGAAUAAAAGCGAUAAAUGCUUUAGCCGAUAAACUUAUGAAACAGGGUCGCGAUAACGAAUCGAAGACCAUACAACAGCGUCGUGACAAUUUCAAUAAUAAAUGGAGAGGUUUGCAAGGUGCGCUGAGUGCCUACAGAGAGACCUUAGCGGGUGCGUUAGAGAUUCAUUUAUUCAAUAGAGAUAUCGACGAUACCAACCAAAGAGUCAUGGAAAAAUCGGUUGCCAUGAACACCGCCGACGUUGGCAAAGAUCUACCUGCCGUAGAACAGUUGCAAAGGAAACAGGAAGCGAUGGAAAGAGACAUGACUGCCAUAGAAGGAAAAUUGAACGAACAUAGGGAAGAAGCGAGAAAGCUCUCGCUUAAAUAUCCUGAUAAAGCUAGCGAAAUAAACGCUAUGCUGUCGGAAGUAGUAUCGAAUUGGGCCGACCUGCAACGUUUGACUCAGCAUCGUCGACAAGCUUUAAAUCAAGCGUACACGUUGCACAAGUUCGAAGCAGACCUGCAUGAAUUAGAAAUUUGGGUUGCGGACACGAUUAAACGAAUGGACGAGUCGGAACCACCUACCACCAUUUCAGAGGCCGAAGCUUUAUUGGAAUUGCAUCAAGAGAGAAAAGCGGAGAUCGAUGGUAGACAAGAUACGUUUAAGGCAUUGAAGGAGCACGGACAGAAAUUGGUUUCGAUCAACGAGGAGGUUAAAGGCAGCCUGCAACAUCUCGAAGAGCUUAGGCUGAAGCUAGUACACGCCUGGGAGGAUCGUAGGCAAAAGUUGACGCAGGCGCAUCAAUUGCAAUUGUUCAAAGAACAGGCGGAUCAAGCGGACAGUUGGCUCGCAAUGAAGGAAGCGUUUCUCAACAACGACGAUCUCGGCGAGUCGUUAUCAGGGGUCGAAACGUUGCUCCGCAAACACGAAGAAUUCGAAAAUUUGCUGGUAUCUCAAUUAGGAAGAAUAGAGGAAUUGGAAAAGUUCGCGAACGAUAUUCUGGCGGAAGAGCAUGCCGACGCCAACGUAAUUAGACAGAGAUUAGCGUCGGUUUGCGCUAGAAGAGACAGAUUGCGAAAUAGUGCUACGGCCAGAAGAGAAAAAUUGCUGGAAAGCCAUCAUUUGCAUCAGUUCCUCAGAAAUAUAUACGAGGUCGAGGGUUGGUUGCAUCAGAAGCAGCAGGUGGCAAGCGAUGAAAAUUACCGGGACUCGUCGAAUCUACAAAGCAAAAUUCAAAAGCACGCUGCCUUUGAAAGCGAAUUAAUAGCGAAUAAAGGGAGGAUAUCGUCGGUCGUUAACGAAGGGGAAGCGCUCAUCGAGGAUAACCAUUACGCUUCUAAAGAGAUACAAGAACGUUUGGAUGAGUUGGAAGGGGAGUGGCGUCUUUUACAAGAAACGAGCGAAUUGAAGAAGAACAGACUGAACGACGCGUAUCAAGCAUUGCUCUUCAAUAGAACUCUGGACGAAUUUGAGGCUUGGAUGGACGAAGUCGAAACGCAAUUACAGUCGGAAGAUCACGGGAAAGAUCUUUCCAGUGUGGCGAAUCUCUUAAAGAGGCACACCAAUUUAGAAAACGACGUUUUGGGACACAACGAGGCAUGCGAAUCGAUCAAAGAGACGGCGGCAAAUUUUGCUAGAUCGAAUCACUUCAUGUCCGAGGAAAUUCAAGAAAGAGCAUCGGCCACCAUCAAUAGGUACCACAGCUUGCAAGAGCCAAUGCAAAUACGAAGAGAUAAUUUAGAAGAUGCUAAAUUAUUGCACCAAUUUGUAGCGGACGUCGAAGACGAGCUACAUUGGUUAUCGGAAAAAGAACCUUUAGCCGCCAGUAAUGAUCUAGGUAGUUCACUGAUGACGGUGCAAAGACUUCAAAAGAAACAUCAUGCUCUGGAAGCGGAACUGAUAUCCAGAGAACCGGUGGUGGGUUCCUUGAUCGGUAGGGCAACGGCCAUGAUAAGGAGCGGACACUUCGCGUCGGAGAAGAUAGAAAAAUUGUCGCAAGAAUUGCAAGAGAGUCUUUCGCAUCUUCGAGACUUGGCGAGCGUCCGGAAGUUGCGUUUAUUGGACGCGGUCGAAUCGCAAAUGUUCUACGCCGAAGCUGCCGAAGCUGAACAGUGGAUAAGAGAGAAAAAUCCGCAAGUAACAUCGACGGAUUACGGAAAGGACGAGGAUUCGGUACAGUCUUUGCUCAAGAAAUUGGAAGGGAUAGAACGCGAUUUGUCGGGUUUCGAGAGCACCGUGGACAAUCUUAAGAAACUCUCCCACGGUUUAAUAGAGAGGCACCAUUUCGAUAGCAAAAAUAUAGGUCAGAAGCAGGCCGAAAUCGAAAGUAAAUUCAAAGAGCUACAAAACUUGAAGGAUCACAGAUUGCAACGUUUACUGGAAAGCGAAAAAUUCUUCCAGUUUAUCAGACAGGCCGACGAAGCGAUCGAAUGGAUCGGAGAUCAAACGACCGUCGCUGCGUCGGAGGAUUACGGCCGUGACGUCGAACACGUCGAGCUGUUGAUUCAGAUAUUCGACAAUUUCUUAGCUGGUCUGACGACGAGCGAGAACCGAAUUUCUGCCGUACUCGACGCAGGCCAGAAAUUGAUAGAACGUAACAAUCCUGAGAGGGCUAGGAUACUUGGAAAAAUCGAAGAAACCAAACAGCAGUGGGAAGAUCUGAAGGAACUGGCACACGCGCGACAAGACGCGUUAGCGGGUGCCAAACAGGUUCACAUGUUCGACAGGACAGCCGACGAAACGAUCUCGUGGAUUCAAGAGAAGGAGGCCGCUCUGAGUUCUGACGGAUAUGGACACGAUUUGGAGACUAUUCAAGCUUUGGUCAGGAAGCAUCAGGGAUUUGAGACCGAUCUGGGAGCGGUAAAAGAGCAGGUCGAGUCUCUGAUGGAGGAAGCACUGCGAUUGAUCGAAUUGUUCCCAGACGCACGUAUACACAUCGACGUCAAGCACCAAGAAGCCGAAGCGACCUGGAAUGAACUCUUGGAGAAGGCUGCUCAAAGGCGAAGCAAAUUGGCACAGGCGGAACAAUUGCAGACGUAUUUGGGCGAAUACAGAGACUUGUUGUCUUGGAUAAACGAAAUGGUGGCCAAGGUUACCGCGCCGGAAUUGGCGCGAGACGUUCCAGGAGCCGAAGCUCUAAUUUCCCGACACAACGAAUAUAAAACCGAGAUCGACGCGCGAAAGGAAGCGUUCGAGAAGUUCUACAAAACUGGCCAAGAGCUCAUCGAGCAGGGCCACUUUUUGGGAAAAGAGAUCGAAGAAAAAAUAUCUGUAUUGCGUUUAAGGAAACAAACACUUUUAGAUACUUGGGAACAAAGGAAACUCAUAUACGAACAAAAUUUGGACACGCAAUUAUUCAAACGGGAGGCAGAAACUUUGGAAAAUUGGAUCGUCAGUAGAGAACCGAUGUUGCACGAUGGUAAAUUGGGCGAGAGCAUUCCACAAGUGGAGGAGCUUAUAAGAAAGCACGAGGACUUUGAGAAGACCAUAGAAGCUCAGGAGGAAAGAUUCAACGCGUUGAAUCGUAUAACGAUGCUCGAGAAAGCGUUCCGGAAGCAACAGGAAGCGGAGAUGGCCGCGAGACAAGCCGAGAAGGAACGAAUCGAACGUGCGCGGAUCGAAGAACGAAAACGUAAAGAGGUACAAAGGAUAACCGAGGAACGAAAACGGGAGGAAGAAAGAAGAAGAUUAUUGGAUAGCCCUCAUAGGCCUUCGCACGAUGAGGUCAAUGGAACGGUCGACGAGCACGAGUCCGUUAACAGAUUGGCGCCGUUAAAAGGUGCCACUCCGGUCGAAGUUUCGGAGCCUACUCUGAUUCAAAAAUCGCACGGUAUACCUCACGUCUUUGGCGAUAAAUUGAGACGAUCUAACGCGGACAUCAAAAGAGCGGAAAGUAUGAAGGUUGACACGAAGAAACCGAAACGUACUCCGAGCUUCACGACUAGACGAAGGACGCAAAGCUUUAGAAAACUCCAAAGAAUGGAAAACAUGGACGCUUUACCGCCCGUAGAGAUCCAGGGUCUUCUUGAAAGGAAACACGAACUACAAAGCGCCGGAAAGAAAGCCGCCGUUCGUUCGUGGAAGCAAUAUUACACCGUACUAUGCGGACAACUAUUGUGCUUCUUCAAGGACAUAGAAGAUUUCUCGCUUAGCAAAGCAGCCACCGCGCCGAUUACCAUUUUCAAUGCCAUAUGCGAGAAAGCGGACGAUUACACGAAAAAAAAGAAUGUAUUCCGCUUAAAGUGUACGGAUGGUUCGGAAUUUUUAUUCUUAGCUCCGAAUCAACAAGAGAUGGAAGAUUGGGUCAAUAAGAUAUCGUUCCAUGCUAAAUUGCCACCAAGCCUGCAACUUCUAAGCUAUGACGAUUCUCAAAAGGAGGGUCUAGAGAGGCUGCACAGUGCACCAUCGGAUCAUCAAGAUGAUAAUAUGUCGACCGGAAGUAGUCGCGCCUCGACGCCCGAAAUGGAACGGAAAAACUCGGUGAUCAGAUGCGAUGUUUCCAAUCAACGCUCCCCGAGCACAGUGCAAAUAGAAUUUCUACAACAGCAUCGACAAAAUCAACAACGCCGUGAUCCGCAUAAUACAGAGUUCUUAGCCUCGGAAAGAUCGGAGCCACCUCAAACGCAAACAGAGUUUUUGCAAAUGCACAGGCAACAGCAAUUACUCGCGCAACAACAACAACAGCUGAUUCAACAGGAACAACUUGCGAAUCAAAGAGAUCAAUAUCAACAAAAUUCGAGCGAUAAACCUCCCAUACCGCCAAGAGGAGCACCGCCACCAAUUCCUUUGCGAUCACCGAGUUCCGAAAACGUGAUACAAUUUCGACGAAACGAUUCGGAACACCAUCUGCAACAAGGGAGGCCACAAUCGUAUCAGCAACGCGGUACAACCUUAAAUCAUAAUGGAUCUAGCCAGUAUCCGACAAACGAAGUGUGGCAUAGACAAAGUACCGUAGAUAUGAAUACGCAACAUCCAGAAUUAGCACCUCCCCUGCCAUCGAGUGCCCCUCCACCUACCGGAAUGGCUCAGUGGAAUAUACCCCAUGACCCUGGUCAGUCAUUACAGCCAUUUUCAUACAAAUUUCGUACCGAAUCAUAUGGGAAUGUGCCGAUAAACGUUAGACAGACUUCACAGCAACAAAAUAAUUCAUUUAGUACCAGACCAGCCUCUUUACCUCCGUACGUAGCUCCGCCAGCAGUACCGCAGAAUGUUCAAAACGUUGCGCUUGUAGAUGGUAGAAGACCGUCCGAAAGUGGUUCAGAAAGUGAAAAUAGUAUAAGUGGUAGUAGAAAAGAUCGUGAUUAUAAACGAAGUUCUGUUUUAAGCAACUUAUUUGGCAGGAGAAAGAAACCAUCUCAGUCGUAAUCUAUAUACAGGGAUCUCCAUUCUUGUAGGGUACUUAAAUUCUAAAAAAAAAAAAAAAAGAGAUUCCACGAAAGGAUAAUAGCCUUCGACAUUAUUAAAUUCCUCAAAAACAGAAAAAAAAAACAAUUUUCUAUGCCCUGUUAUAUAAUACGUAUUCUAAAAUCUGUAAAUUAUAUUAUUACGUGUAUAAUACAAUAUUUUUCAUUAAAAUGUAUACAGGAAUUAAUAUAUUCAGACACGGCUAGAUUUAGAUGAAAAAAAAAAAAAUUAAAAACAACGCAAAACUGAUAUAAAGUUGUUUCGUAUAUCGUAUAAAAAAAAAAAAGUUAAAUAAAAUAAUAAUGAAGCGAGUUAAAUGCUUACUAUCGCAAGUAAUUAUGAUCGCGCGCAUUUUGCAAAUUUCUUAUUUUUGCCACACAGAUAUAUUCUUUGUUUUAGAAUAUCGGAAUUUUUUAAUUCAAUUCUAAUCGUAAUUGUAACUUUUAGUUUUGUUAAAAAAUGACUAACAUCGCCCCAUUAAUUGAUAUAAAUUAAAUAUUUCUUGUUUUUGUUUUUCUUUUUAUAUUGUAAAAAUAACCAAUCUAUAACAAAAAUGGUCAUUACCACGUUAUUUGAAAUGUACCUGACCUUAAAGGUAAAGAUAUAAAAUAUAUCAGCAAGAGCAUUAAAAUGCAAAAACAACUAUAUAAAAAAAAAAAAAAAAAAAAACUGUAGAUUUCAUAAUAUAUGUUGCAAAUAUUAUAUAUUGUAUACCAACUCCUAUUCAGGACCAAUGAUCUUAUUGUAUUAAGCGCAAAGAUAUGUUGAUAUAUAAUGUUUUUGAAAAAUUGUUAUAUCUGUAUGUUUAACAAUCAUCCUCAUGAUUGACACAGUAUAAUAGUAUGUAAAGUAUAUUUAAUAUCAUUUAAGAAAUAAAUAAUUAUCUACUAGUUA